AUUUCCUUCUCCCUUCUCUCUCCACUCCCAUUCAUUGCUCUCUAUUGAUCGAAUCUAGUCACAACGUCUGUGGUCUGCGACAAGAACCUGAAGCAAGCGUUCCACAAACCUAAGAAGCCUUGAACCGCCACAGUUUCCUGUCAUUCGGAUCUCUGCUCAACACUGCAUUAUUUGGGCACUGGUUCGGUUCGCCAGUUCGUCAGUUAAUUGUCAAAGAUGGCGGCAACGAAAAGGUUACAGAAGGAACUCGUUGACAUUCGAGUCACAGGUCCCAAGGCAUUUAGGGAUGUCCAAGUUGAUGAAUCGAACAUGCUUCUCUGGCAUGGAUUCAUUGUUCCAGACAAUCCACCUUACAAUAAAGGAGCAUUUCGGAUUGAAAUAAAUUUCCCAGCUGAAUAUCCUUUUAAACCUCCAAAGAUUCACUUCAAGACUAAAAUCUAUCAUCCAAACAUUGAUGAAAAAGGACAAGUAUGUUUGCCUAUCAUCAGUGCAGAAAACUGGAAGCCUGCUACCAAAACUGAUCAAGUUAUUCAAGCUCUUGUCGCUCUGGUCAAUGACCCAGAACCUGAGCAUCCUCUUCGAGCAGACUUGGCUGAGGAGUAUAUUAAAGACCGCAAGAAAUUUAUGAAAAAUGCUGAAGAAUUUACGAAGAAACACAGUGAAAGGCGACCUCCAGAGUAAACUUGUCCCCAAUGGUGUCACUGUGAUAAUGUCAACAACCUCUAAUCUUGUUUUAACUUUUUUCUUUCUUAAUAUCUUGUGACAAAUUGCAAGUAUUUCUGGAACCCAGUCAUAUAAGCAACAUCAAAGGUUGUGGUUGGUUAAACUCUUAUCAGUACACUUAAUGGUUUUCUGCCCACUUGCUUAUGUUUCUGUAUUGUCUACUGCAGCUGAAACCACUGCAAUUGUCUUUUUAUAUUCUCUUUCGUAAUUCUUAAUUUUGUUUCUUUAUAAUAAAAUGUUGAAUGCUAAAAUUUAGUGUGCACAUGCACAUGAUUUUGUGCGUCGAUCUAUCUCUUGUGUGCAGUUUAUUUGGUUGAUGACACUCUUAGACAUUCUUAAGACUGGUUCAGCUAUGCUCAGGCAGGUUGAUGUUUUUUAGGUCGCCAUUGUGUGUUCCUUUUGGUUUCACACAGUCUUUCCACUCGAGUUUGAGACUGCCCUGUACUCUGCUUAUCACUCCUCUCAUUCAUGGCCGAAUUAUAGAAAGUAUCUUUUUUUUUUAAAUUGUGAAAUAAAUGGCAUAAAUUUAGUCUUUCUUUCUUUUCAUAGAAAUUCAGCUUAGUGUUUCAAUUGUGUGCAGUAUUAUGUUAAGUUUUGUCUGCAUAUAAGGGGCUUUUCAUGCUUUAUUCGUGUGGGCCCGAGUAUUAAUGAUUAUUUUCAUAUGUAGUGGUUGAUGAGAAAAAAUGAUUCCUAAUAUCUUUUUUACAAGUGUUCAGCACUGAAGACACAUCUGCAGGUUUCAAUUUUCGUCAGAUUUUGUUCCUGUAUUUUUUAGUGGUUUUAAAAGAAAUGAUUGUACUCUUUAUACCCUUACAUAUUGUGGAAGUCGCCAUAUGAAAGUUAAUCACUGGACUUGUACAUCAAUGAACAAAAAGCAAAUCAAAAAAAAAAAAAAAUAUUUUGAUAAUUUUGGAAGGUUUGUUACAAAAGAAUUGUCUGGCUUAGCUCUUUGUGCAUUUGCUCCCUUUUGGAGACGUUUGUGAUGUGAUGCUGGUGUGGUAGGAAACCGUGUAAUAAUUAUUGAAGCACAUAAAUUGGUUUUCAUCAUUUGUA